GUUUCCGGAACAGCUGCUGCUCUAAUCACUUCCCGCUGCAUUUCACCAUUAUGGUGAAGCCAUCAACCACACGCUGUUUACUGCCUAUGUCUGCAGGAGCUCCAGAUGUUAGCAGGAAGCACCCAUUUUGGUCUCUGCUUCUGUGGACAGCAUUAGAACUUGUGACCAGGAAAGACGUCCUCAGCUUGGGGGUUCUCCUCAGCAGAAGUCCCCCCCACACACACCAGGGACCAGAAGAACAAGGAGAUCUUUUUCCUCUGUGACAGAUGGCCCUUGGGCACAUACAGACAGUGGGCAAGAAAGACCCUGAAGCUGGAAUGGGAGAAGGGAAAGAGUCGAACGCCAGGGAACUGUGGGAGAACACAUGGCCGAAGAGCCUCCUGGGUGAGGAUGCCCUCUGCUUGGAUGUGCCACGCCAGCAAUUCAGGAGAUUUUGCUACCAGGACACUGAGGGCCCCCGAGAUGCAUGCAACAAACUCCACCAACUUUGUAACCAUUGGCUGAAGCCGGAAAGACACAGCAAGAAGGAGAUGCUGGACCUGGUGAUCCUGGAGCGGUUCCUGGCCAUCCUGCCCCCGGAGAUGCAGAGCUGGGUGAGGGAAUGCGGGCCGGAGACCAGUUCCCAGGCGGUGGCCCUGGCAGAAGGCUUCCUCCUCAGCCAGGCGGAAAAGGAGAAAGACCAGGUGCAUGGACCAUUUGUGGAGAUGUUUGCUGAGUUGGAAAAGAAUCCUUCAAAGACCCGCCAGAAUCCACAUUUCAGGGCCUUCAAGCAGGAGGAUUCAAUGUGGGACACCUUGCCAGGCCUUGGAACACCACUUCCUGAGUCCUCUCCUCUUUGUGCUGGCGUGGGAGCAGCCAUUAUGCAGCCAGCAGAGGGCAAGGAAGAAGGUCCUGUGUCCUUUGAGGAGGUGGACGUGGACUUCACCAAGGAGGAGUGGGAGCUGCUGGAUCCGGGCCAGAGGGUUCUGGCCAUGGAAGUCAUGCUGGAGAAUUCUGAGAACGUGGCCUCUCUCGGAGAACUUCUGACUUCCAGAUCUGAUCUCAACUCCUGCCCAGAAGAAGAAGAGGACAAAAAGGUGUUCACGCAGAGCUCUGUGGAAAUAAAGACAAAAGCAGCAGGAGACGUCAAGGAGUCAGUUGGGGGAUUUAAGGGGUUCUUCCUGGGAAAAGCCCAGAAUGAACAGGCCAUGGGAGACUUUGGGAAUAGAGAUGGACCACAGAGCCAGGAAGGAAGCUGUACAGUGAACAGGGAUGGUAACUCCAUUCCUUUACAAGCAGGGGACUUCCAUGAAAUCCCAGUUCACAGCAAUCACCAAUGGACUCAUUCAGGAGUGAAGCCGUUUAUCUGCUCCAAGAGUGGAAUGAUUUUGUCCAUUGGAAGGAAGGGCAAUGUAUUCUUUCCAAACGACAUUAUAACGAAGGCAUGUAAAUGGUCUUAUUGUAGAAAGUACUUCAGAUACAGACCACAGCUUCUUGUACACCAAAAAACACACACAGCACAGAGGCCUUUUGAAUGCUCAGAGUGUGGAGAGAGAUUCAGUAGGAGUUGCAACCUUCAGCAGCAUCAGAAAGCCCACAGAGAGAAGAAAAGUUUUGAGUGUUCAGAGUGUGGAAAGAGACUCAGUACCAGCAUCAAUCUUCAACGGCAUCAAAGAAGCCACAGAGGGGAGAAACCUUUCGAAUGCUCAGAGUGUGGAAAGAGAUUCAGUCAGAAUUUCGACCUUCAAGUGCAUCAAAGAAGCCACAGAGGGGAGAAACCUUUUGAGUGCUCAGAGUGUGGGAAGAGAUUCAGUAGGAGCAGCAGUCUUCAAGAGCAUCGAAGAAUCCACACAGGGGAGAAACCUUUUGGAUGCUCAGAGUGUGGAAGGAGAUUUAGGGUCCGUAGCAGUCUUCAGUGCCACCAAAGAACACACACAGGGGAGAAACCUUUGGAGUGCUCGGAAUGUGGAAAGAGAUUCAGUCACAGUAAUAGUCUUCAGCGCCACCAAAGAACCCACACCGGGGAGAAACCUUUUGAAUGCUCAGAGUGUGGAAAGGGAUUUAGGGACAGUAGCAAUCUUCAGUGCCACCAAAGAACACACACAGGGGAGAAACCUUUUGAAUGCUCAGAGUGUGGAAGGACAUUCAGUAAGAGCCGCAGUCUUCGAGAGCAUCGAAGAAUCCACACAGGGGAGAAAACUUUUGGAUGCUCAGAGCGUGGGAGGAGAUUCAGGCAUAGUGGCAGUGUUCAAAAGCAUCAAAGAGUCCGCAGAGGGAAGAAACCUUUGGAAUACUCAGGGUUCAGCGGGAUGGAAGAAGGCCAUGCACCCCUCGAUUGCUUGCAAACGGACCCAGCUCGGUGCUUGCCACCCUAAGAAAGCAAAAGAACUUUCCAAAGGAAACAGGAAGAUAGAGAGGUAGCACAUGAAAGACCAAGGGACUUUCUCUGGGCAGAAGUUUUCGCAAGUCAAAGCUCGUUUGGUCAGGCAGAAAUGAGAAUGAAGAUGCAGCAGACCUUAUGGACAACGUUCCUUUUAAGGUGUGGAGCCGUGUCAGCAAAAAUCCUAAUCUGUGAGUCAAAAAUGGUGACCGCUUUAAAAUUGUGAGCAGGCCUGCAGUUUGUUUGGUUUUUAAAAAUGUAUUUCAGUUUGCUCAUUUUUUGACAAUACAACUGAACUGAAUGGGUGCUACACAACAAUGUAGUAUUUUUUUCUCCUGCCACUCCCAUUCUUUCAAUGGAAUUUGUGUGAAAUAUUUUAGUGAGUUAUGUCUCAGAUGAGUCCUCAGAGACCAGAUACAAAGAAUACACAAUAAUGCAAUUGCAGAGGACAAAACAUUUUAGAUAAAAACCAGGCAACGUGAAGUAUUCCACAUCACUGUUAUUUAGUGGGACAGAUAUAAGCACAUGAUUAACCUUCUCACUAAAAUCACAGGGACUUACAAUUGAUCUGAUGUUGAGUGUGCUCAUUUCCAAAUUUAAAACUUAGCUUUAAAAGAAUUAAGUAUUUUAAAUAGGAGUUGUUUGUAAUACCGCACACUCCUAGCAGAAUUUGGCAUUUAGCCAAAAAGACACCAGUCUGAGUAUCGCUAUUGCCAAUGGGAAACUGGGAUUAUUUUAAACAGUACUUGUUUGUAAUGCAUCUGUGAAAAAAGUCCUAUGUAACUUUGCGUUAAUUAUGAAGGCUAGCAUAAAUUGUGCAUCCCUUCAGUUGAUGUGAAUACCAUCCUUAUAAAAUAUCAGACAAGAAUAAAGAAAAGAUUGUUUCCUCUUUCUGAAUUCUGCCUGUAUACAAAGGAAACCUAAUAUUCCAGGCCAAAUUGGUAUAUAAGAUUGGACCAUUGAGUAUGUCUUUUUGUUUUCCCAAAAAAAAUUCACAAUCUAAUUUAAAUUAAAGAUACAAAGCAAAGCAA